AGGAAAGACAUGACUAACGGAAAAGGUGUGUGACGGAGACUUGCUCUCUGUCGCGCGUGUGAUGGAGAGACAAUGGUAUCUAAGAUAUUUAGUUGGUAGGAACAUCGGGGAAUAGAUCAGAUAUAACAAAAGUCAAGAAGUAAACAAAGCAAGUGUUUAACAAUUCAACUGUAGCGCUAUUAUGUGAUCGUGCAUUUGAGAGAGGAGGAAGGGAGGGGCUAAAGACCACGAACGCACUGAAUUGGAUGACACCGUGCGGGCGCAAGAAUAACAUAUAAUGGAAUUAAAGGAAAAGGAGAUAUUCUGAUUAAUCAAAAUUGUUUUUUCUUUUUUGGAAUACAAAUCUGUCGGCUUGAAGCUUCUAUUUUCGAGGUUGGACAUCUACUUUAGCCUGCAAGUAUCGGACAUUUUACUAUGAUGCGGGGCCCUCGCUGUGCAAUGAUAAAGGCUCGACAGUAGCCUUGGACAAUGUGUUCAAAACGUCUGAUGUGUCUUUUGCCGAGGAGAUCCUGUUAGAAUAUGGCCAAAUCUAUAGGAAGGUGUCGGUGUGCUUCUAAUCGAAAUAACGCGCUCUUCGCGCUCUUUCGAGCUGAUCCAUUCGAAAUUGGGCGAUUGUAAUUGUAUAGGUCCUUCCUUGUCUGUCUGCUGGUCUCUCUCUAGGAUCUCUGUCCUAUUGGUGCGAUGGCCUUCUUCUUUCUGGCUUUCCUGAUCUUAUCUGUCCACACCCUCCUAUCCAUUGGCUGCCCAGUGGGAUGUCGCUGCUACAGCUUGACUGUAGAGUGUGGCUCUAUGGGCCUCCGGGACAUCCCCUCACACGUCCCACCCUCCACACAGACCAUCUUCCUCCAGGACAAUGCUAUCGGGCAGAUCAAUCUAUCUGACCUCUCCCAGCUGGGCCUUCUGCAAUGCCUGUAUCUGCAGAACAACAGUAUCGCAGCACUGGAGCCUGGGGCCUUUCAGAGCCAGGGUAAUCUUCUGGAGCUGGCCCUCAACGGGAACCGCAUCCAUCUAAUCACAGGAGACAUGUUCAGAGGCUUGGAGCACCUCCGUAUCCUCUACCUGGCAGGAAAUGACAUCACUCGCCUACAGGACUAUACCUUCAGAGGCCUACUGCGUCUUCAAGAGCUUCACCUGCAGCAAAAUAACAUUGAGAUGCUGGGAGACCAGUCUCUAGUUGGUCUGUCCUCUCUUGCCCUCCUUGACCUCAGCCGGAAUAACCUGCACACCAUCGGCCCUGCCACCCUACGGCCCCUCGUCAGCCUGCAGGUGCUGCGUGUCACAGACAAUCCGUGGCGUUGCGACUGUGCCCUGCACUGGCUGCGCAGCUGGAUUGAUGAGGAGGGCCAGCGCCUGCUGAGCUCGGCCGAGAGACGCUUGGUGUGUUCCGAGCCGCCCCGCCUUUCCCACCUCAGCUUGGUGGAGGUGCCUCUCAACAGCCUGGUGUGUAUCCCCCCUCUGGUGCAGCUGGAGCCACGCCGCCUGGCCGUGCGCCUGGGUGAGAGCCUACGUGUCUCCUGCCAUGCCUCUGGUUACCCCCGGCCGCAGGUCACCUGGAGGAAGGUGUCCCAGGGCAAGGUGCAACUAUCCCCGCGGGGGCUGGUGCAGGACCUGGGCAGUGUAGGGAGCAUGGGGGCUGAGGAUGCAGCACACACAGGGCGGGUGAGACUCCAGAAGGAGGAUGGGGAGCGCUUCGAUCCAGACACAGGCAGUGGAAUGCUUUUCCUCAGCAACGUGACGGUGUCUCACGCCGGGGUGUAUGAGUGCGAGGCCUGGAACGCUGGAGGGGUGGCCCGUGUGACCUUUCAGCUAGCAAUCAACUCCUCGUCCUCUUCUGGUUGGUCCCCCGCCUCCUACGCCCCAUCCUGGCCUCGUCUGCGCGCCAAUCGGCCAACAUCGUCAGACGUGAGGCGAGAGCCCCUGUACGCCCUUGGCAGCAUGGCCUUCAGCACACUGGGAGCUGCUACACAGACUGCCAUCGCCAUAGGGAUCUCCCUACUGGCCCUCACUGCCCUUCUCCUGGUGGCCAUGAUCUACAGCCGGCAACGCCAGCGGCAGAAGGACACAGAUGACAAGGAGGAAAGCAUACUCUAUGUCAAUGAUUACUCAGACGGACCAACAACCUUUGCCCAGCUGGAGGAGUACCGCGAUGAGCGCGGGCAUGAGAUGUAUGUUCUUAACCGCGCUAAACCCAUCAUCCCACCUUCCACCACAGCUGAUACCACCACCCCGGGGGACCAACAGCAGGAAGCACUGUCUCCCACAAAGCCCCAGAUGGAGCCCGAUAUACGGACAAUGAGAAGGAUCGCAGGGGAGGGCGUGGAGGCAGAGACGGUGACAGCCGAGUCAGAGGGCUUGUUUCUGAAUCACACAGGGUUGUUCCUCGACUCACAAUUUGCAUAUGAGAUCCACUGCUGAAGGCCCCCAGGAGGACGUUCACUGUGAGCCAGCCCAGAGUGCUUAAUGUCACUUUUCAGAUGGAUGUCCCUCUGGUGACCAAACCUCUAGACUGCAGAUCAGAUAUGACAAUGAGAGUUCAGAUUAAUCAUAAAUCCUGAUUGCUCUGGUUCCAGAGUGACAAGCUUGAGUAGCAGUGAGAUAUAAAGACAUGCCAGGAGAGGUGCCGCCGUCAACCAAAACCCCCACUGUACUGUACCUUACUGUGAGCUGACAAAAUGUGUCUUAUGUCAUGUUGAUUAACUCCAACUUGAAACUAUAGUUAUCAUAUUAUGGAGAAACCAUUAGUGGAGUGAGUCACGUGUAGUGGAAAUAACCUUAUUAUGAUUCUACUGUUUUACAUCAACUAAACUGUGUUAGGGGCCUAAACAGGCUCCCUUGGCUGUAUGCUGAGAGGUUGAGAAUUUAAUGAGUAAUGUGUAUCGUAAGUCUAUCGUAAAAUACUUCUUUGUGACAGAAUACUGACCUAACCAGAUCCUCCGUUUUCUAGUCUACAGCCAUUGUCUUCGGUCAGAUGGCGUCAUUCUAACGCAACACACGUCAGUGGAGACGGCCGUUGCGCUGACGCAAGACAUUGGUCUACAGCAUAAUAUUCCUUCCAAAGAUUUCAUCAGUCAAACAACGGUAUACAGUCAAACAAGUUCUCUCUCAUUCAGGUCCUGUUCAUUUAAUUAUAGUGCCUUGCAAAAGUAUUCAUCCCCCUAGGCGUUUUUUCCUAUUUUGUUGCAUUACAACCUGUAAUUUAAAUAGAUUUUUUAUUUGGAUUUCAUGCAAUGGACAUACACAAAAUAGUCCAAAUUGGUCAAGUGAAAUGAAAAAAUGACAUGUUUAAAAAAAUAUAUAAUAAUUACAAACGGAAAAGUGGUGCGUGCACCAGUUGUGGAGAAGUAAUCAUCAGGGUUGGGUUCUAAAAAAUUAUCUGGAUCUUUGAACAUCCCAUGGAGCACCAUUAAAUCCAUUAUUUUAAAAAAUUUGAAAGAAUAUGGAACGACAACAAACUUGCCAAGAGAGGGCCUCCCACCAAACCUCAUGGACCAGGCAAGGAGGGCAUUAUUCAGAGAGACAACAAAGAGACCAAAGAUAACCCUGAAGGAGCUGCAAAGCUCCAGAGCGGAGAUCGGAGUAUCUGUCCACAGGACCACUUUAAGCCGUACACUCCACAGAGCUGGGCUUUGAGGAAGAGUGGCCAGAAAAAAAGCCAUUGCUUAAAGAAAAAAAUAAGAAAACGCGUUUGGUGUUUGCCAAAAGGCAUGUGGGAGGCUCCCCAAACGUAUGGAAGAAGGUGCUCUGGUCAAAUUGAGCUUUUUGGCCAUCAAGGAAAAUGCUAUGUCUGGCGCAAACCAAACACCUCUCAUCACCCUGAGAACACCAUUCUCACAGUGAAUCAUUCUGGUGGCAGCAUCAUGCUGUGGGGAUGUUUUUCAUCGGCAGGGACUUUGAAACUGGUCAGAAUUGAAUGAUGGAUGGCACUAAAUACAGGGAAAUUCUUGAGGGAAACCUGUUUCAGUCUUCCAGAGAUUUGAGACUGGGACGGAGGUUCACCUUCCAGCAGGACAAUGACCCUAAGCAUACUGCUAAAGCAACACUUGAGUGGUUUAAGGGGAAACAUUUACAUUUCUUGGAAUGGCUUAGUCAAAGCCCAGACCUCAAUCCAAUUGAGAAUCUGUGGUAUGACUUAAAGAUUGCUGUACACCAGCGGAACCCAUCCAACAUGAAGGAGCUGGAGCAGUUUUGCCUUGAAGAAUGGGCAAAAAUUGGAGCUCCCUCCAGUAACCACGAGCACAACUGUUCCUUGAUUUUAACUGGCGGUUUUAUUCUGUAAUUUUAGUCAGAAUUAUCUAUAAAGUAAACUAUAAAGUAAAUGAAAAUACAGCUAAGCACUCUUACAACAUUCUUGUCUUAUGAGUGACUUAUUAGCUUGAUAUGACUCUGAAGUGCUUACAUACAUAAAAACAGUUUAGCCUGAGAUAUAACAGAUUAAACACAUGAAUAAGGGAAUAUACCUCAUUGGCUGUUUAUUACAGAAGGGAGGAAAUCCAAAACUUAACACUUCUUAUUCCUGGCAUAAACUCACGCUUCAUCCUUAAUUAUUAUAACGUUACCAUCCUAACAUACACAUUUCAACUGUUACGAACUACAUCUGAAGACAUGAAAAACCUAUCUAACACAGCGUGGGAUUGCCUUCACUCCAAAAGUGCCCUGCUAUGAUAAUAAUCCCCGUUAUAACAGUUCUUAGCCAUGUAGUUCCGCUUGUCUUACCAUUUCCCCCGCAUAGCGAACACGUAAACAAUUCAAACAAAAACAACGACAUAUACAAUUAACUUGUCAGUUACAAAAAUCCUAGUGGCUAGAUGUGCCAAGCUUAUAAAGACAUAUCCCAAGAGACUUGCAGCUGUAAUUGCUGCAAAAGGUGGCUCUACAAAGUAUUGACUUUGGGGGUGACUAGUUAUGCACGCUCAAGUUUUCUUUUUUUUGUUGUUGUCUUAUUUCUUGUUUGUUUCACAAUAAAUAAUAUUUUGCAUGUUCAAAGUGGUAGGCAUGUUGUGUAAAUCAAAUGAUACAACCCCUCAAAAAAUCUAUUUUAAUUAUAGGUUGUAAGGCAACAAAAUAGGAAAAAUGCCAAGGGGGGUGAAUACUUUCGCAAGCCACUGUAUAUUGGUGACAAAAUAUAUAUACAACAAAAUGUCAACAUGCAUUAACUGAAGAUGAGGAGACGUAUUACGUUUGAGGGCAUUAUCAGAAAUCCUUCACCUCCUUUAACUUUAAAUUAAUACCUUUUUAAAUCCAUGAAAUUACUGUAGGGCUCAGCUUUAUGAUGAAAGUAUUUUUGUCGCUUGUACUUCAACAUGUUUUUUAGUUGACAAAACAAGGCCUAAUGUGAUUCAAUGUUGAUUUGUUUUAAGAUAAAGUGUUCAAUAGCUUUUAGCCAACUGUAUUUCCAGAAUGGGGUUAAGUUAAGGAAAAGGGUUAGGGUUAGGCUUAGCUACAAUCCUACAGUUGUCAACAACUGUUGUCCAAGUAGAUAGAGCUGUUGGCCAACGCCAUCUUUCAACAACGAUAGAGACGUUAACAAACCAUCUGUGGCGACAAAUCAUCAGUAUAUCAUAACACUGGACAUUGGUGUGUUUGAGGCGGGAAGAGUGAGAAAAGCCGUGCAAUCUGGUAUUAGAACACUGGAUUGUCCUCCCCUUGUAAAACUGAAUUUCAAUGCAUUUAUUUAAAAAUGUAUAUAUAUUUGUGGUUUAUAUUUAUUGUGUUUUAUUCCUUUUCCAAAUAAAUACAGUUAGGAAAA